AUGUCCUCGCGAUCGCGGUCGCCCUCUCGAGGCCGAUCCAAAACGAGAUCACAAACACCCCCAUCAGAUCGCCACCAAAGUCGUGCCCAACGAUCGCCUAGUCCCCGAUCACGCUCAAGAUCACGUUCUUUUACAAGAUCACCUCCCAGACGCGACUUGCGCAAUGGUCACGGCCAAGGUCGCAGGCCGAGUCGAAGCCCCAGCCGAAGCAGAAGUCCGAGUCGAGGCGAUAGACGUUCAUACCGAGAUCGCAGUUAUUCGCGAAGUCCAAGCAGAGAACCCAGGCGCAUCCAGAGUUCCAAGAUUGUGGUGGAAAAGUUGACCAAAAACGUGACGGAAGCUCAUCUGCGGGAAAUCUUUGGCACUUAUGGGCACAUUGAGUCGGUGGAUCUGCCCAUGAAUAAACAAUUCAUGACCAAUCGAGGAACCGCAUACAUAAUUUUCGACCAUCCUUCAGGCUCGGAGUCAGCCAUCGCACACAUGCAUGAGGCACAACUCGAUGGCGCAGUGAUUGCGCCAGAUAUCCUCGGUCAGGGCCACCGCCAGGUAGAUUUGGACCACCAAGAGGACCGGCACUUGGUCGCUAUCGAAGUUCACCCCCAAGAAGAGGUGGAUUUGGGGGCAGCAGACGCCCUACCGAUGACCAUGGAUAUGGCCCACGCUCAUACUCUCGAUCUAUAUCACCAAGACCGAGACGGAGAUCCAGUUCGGGUUCUAGAUCACCUUCUCGCAGUCCACCUCGACGACGUGGAGGUCCACCAGGUCGGAGUCCGCCAAGACGAAGAAGACGAAGUCCCAGUUACAGUUCACGGAGCAGCAUUAGUCACAGUCGAUCGAGAAGCAGAAGCAGAAGUCGUUCACGCAGCCGAGACCGACAGAGCCGCAGGUGGUAGAUGGGAGGAGAUGUAUUCCCAUUUUUAUUGUGGGGUUUGUCUGCGGAGAAAAGACACAGCUGUAUCAACAGAAAUAGACCUUGAAAGCAGACAAGGUUCUUGA